CCCUUGCUCCCUAUCAUUUCUGAAAUUUUCCAUUAUCAGUUACUUGCAGAGAUGGAGUUAUUAUCUGCAACAGUGAGUGCUGCAAUGGCUUCAUUCUGCUUUGUUCUCAUAUGCUUCUGUGUUCUGCUACUAAGAAUCUUCAUGGGUAAAUCACUGAAGCACCCUCAGUAUCCUCCUGUAAUGGGCACUGUCUUCCACUCUCUACUCUGUUUCAACAGAGUCUAUGAUCACUACACUGAUGUUGCCCGCAAGUACAAAACCUUUCGUCUCCUCAGUCCAUCCAACAGUGAGAUCUUCACAACAGACCCUCGAAAUGUCGAACACAUACUCAAAACCAACUUUGAUAAAUACAGCAAGGGAUCCCAAAACUAUGAAAUCUUAGAAGAUCUAUUUGGUCAUGGUAUCUUUAAUACUAAUGGUGAUAAAUGGCGUCAACAGAGGAAGAUUGCGAGUUUCGAGUUCUCUACCAGAAACCUCAGGGAUUUCAGCUGUGCUGUGUUCAGAACAAAAUCUGCCAAAUUGGCUGAAACCAUUUUGGGUUUUGGAGUUAAGAAUCAGACAUUUGAUAUCCAAGACUUGUUAAUGAGAUGUUCUCUGGAUUCCAUAUUCAAAAUUGGGUUUGGGGUGGACUUGAAUUGCUUGGAGGGUUCAACAGAAGAGGGGAGAGCAUUCAUCAAGGCUUUCGAUGAUUCAAAUCGAUUUAUAUGCUGGCGCUUUGUCGAUCCCUUUUGGAAACUGAGGAGGAUUCUUAGUUUGGGAUCUGAAGGCACUCUUAAGAAGAACAUAAAGUUCAUGGAUGAUUUUGUGUUUGGAGUCAUCAGCAACAAGAGGAAACAAACUUUUGAGCAACAAAACUAUAAUGACAAGGAGGACAUACUUUCAAGGUUUCAAAUGGAGAGCAAGAAAGAUCCAGAGAGGAUGACCAAUCAGUAUCUCAAGGACAUAAUUCUGAAUUUCAUGAUCGCGGGCAAAGAUACUACUGCAGGCACACUCUCCUGGUUUUUCUACCUUCUCUGCAAGCACCCUCUGAUACAAGAAAAAGUUGCAGAAGAAGUAAGAGAAGUCAUCAAUUGUAAGGAGAACGAAACUAAAAUCGAUGAUUUCGUAGAGUGUUUAACUGAUGCAGCAUUAGAGAAGAUGCAUUAUCUCCAUGCAGCCCUAACAGAGACUUUGAGGCUAUACCCUGCUGUCCCCACUGAUGGGAGGUGUGCAGAAACAGAUGAUGUUCUCCCUGAUGGUUUCAGAGUGAAGAAAGGAGAUGGUGUGUACUAUAUGGCUUAUGCCAUGGGCAGGAUGAAUUACAUAUGGGGAGAGGAUGCCGAGGAAUUUCGACCAGAGAGAUGGCUCAACAAUGGAGUUUUCCAGCCUGAAUCACCAUUCAAAUUUGUUUCAUUUCAUGCCGGUCCUCGAAUUUGUUUGGGGAAGGAAUUUGCUUAUCGACAGAUGAAGAUAGUUGCGAUGGUGCUUCUUCGUUUCUUUCGGUUCAGAUUUGCAGACGAAACGAAACAAGUAACAUACAAAACCAUGCUUACACUCCACAUCGAUGGUGGCCUUCAUCUUGGUGCAAUUCCUAGAGUUAUUUUUGACAAAUUCUAAUCUAUGAAAAAGUAUUGUGAAUAAGGAACAUAUUGUACAUAU